AGUGAGCGGGUGAGUCUCUUUUUGCUUGCAGAGGCAUCACAGGGGGGCUGCAUGGAGGGAGCCUCAAGAUCAAGGUGCACAAUGUGGGAUGCUGGUAGGGAAAUCCCCUCCAGCCCGCCCUCCUCGAUUUCCAUCUCCCCCAGAAUUAAGGUUGCUGCUUGAUUUAAUAAAGCAAACGGGUGGCCCUGCCCUCCUGCUUUUGAAAGUAACUCGGCAGAUGCAACGUUGAGCAAGCGAAGCUUUUCCUGAAACUGAUUCAAACGGUUGGGAACAACAUCCCAUUUUCUCUUCCUAUGUGCCAGGCUGCAAAAUGACUUCAGAGUGACAUUUUGUAUCCUUCCCCCUUUAUUCUGGAGAGGAAACAGCCACCAUGCAGCCAGCUCAGGGACCGGUGACCUUUGAGGAGGUGGCCUUGUAUUUCACUGAGGAGGAAUGGGUCCUGCUGGAUCCAGACCAGAGAGCUCUUUACAAGGAGGUGAUGGUGGAGAUUCAUGAGAUGAUCACCUCUCUGGGAGAUAUCAGGGGUAUCACGGCUGAGGGGGAACCAUCAAGGUUGCCACCGGAAAGAGCUGAGGAGCAGAAGGAGGAACGGAAAUUAGGGAGGCAACAUAGAGGAAAGAGACAAGAGGGGAGAGAAAUGCAGAAACAAGGGGAUGAAUCCAGAGCUUCUGAGGGUGGUGAAUAUAAAAUUCAAAGGGAAACUACUCACCUAAGUAAAACAAGGAUGCCUCCUGAGUGUACACUGACAAGACAUCAGAAGAGUUGCGCAGGAGAGAAAUCAUACAGAUGCCCAGACCAUGAGGAACAUUUCAGCAAAAGCUCAAACCUUAUUGUACAUAAGAGAGCGCACACAGGAGACAAACCAUAUAAAUUCCUGAAGUAUGGAAAGAGCUUCAGUCAUCAUUACGAUUGUACUUUGCCUCAAAGAACUCAUACAGAGAACAGACCUUUUACAUGCUUGGAGUGUGGAAAGAGCUUCAGUCAGAGUCAGCACCUUACUUCACAUCAAAGAACUCAUACAGGGGACAAUCCAUAUCAAUGCAUGGAAUGUGGGAAGAACUUCAGUUGCAAUAGCGCCCUUACUUCGCAUCAAAGAACUCAUACCGGGGAGAAACCUCAUAAAUGCUUGGAGUGUGGAAGGAGCUUCAGUCAGCUUGGGAACCUUAGUCUGCAUCAAAGAACUCAUACAGGGGAGAAACCUUAUAAAUGCUUUGAGUGUGGAAAGAGCUUCAGGCAAAGUGGCGCCCUUACUAAACAUCACAGAACUCAUACAGGGGACAAACCUUAUAAAUGCUUUGAGUGUGGAAAGAGCUUUAUUUCGAGUAGCGCACUUACUUUGCAUCAAAGAACUCAUACAGAAUACAAACCUUACAAUUGCAUGGAGUGUGGUAAGAGCUUCAGUUGCAGUAGCAACCUUACUUCACAUCAAAGAACUCAUACAGGGGAGAAACCAUUUAAAUGUUUGGAGUGUGGAAAAAGCUUUAGUCGUAGUGACCACCUUAUUUCACACCAAAGAAUUCACACAGGGGACAAACCUUUUAAAUGCUUGGAAUGUGGAAAGAGCUUCAGGAAGCAUAUCAAGCUUACUUGUCAUAAGAGAACUCAUACAAAAUACAAACCUUAUAAGUGUUUGGAGUGUGGAAAGAGCUUCAGUCAGAGUGGCAAUCUUACUGCGCAUCAAAGAAUUCAUACAGGGGUCAAACCUUAUAAAUGCUUUGAUUGUGGAAAGAGCUUCAGUCACAGGACCUCCCUUACUGUGCAUCAAAGAAUUCAUACUGGAGACAAACCUUAUAAAUGUAUGGAGUGUGGAAAGAACUUCAGUUGCAGUAGCGCCCUUACUGUGCAUCAAAGAACUCAUACAGGGGAGAAACCUUAUAAGUGCUUUGAGUGUGGAAAGAGCUUCAAUCAGUGUUACCAACUUACUGUGCAUGAAAGAACUCAUACAGGGGACAAACCUCAUAAAUACUUGGAAUACUGUGGAAAAGGCUUUAGUCGUAGUGAACAUCUUAUUUCACAUCAAAGAAUUCACACAGGUGACAAACCUUAUAAAUGCUUGGAGUGUGGAAAGAGCUUCAGUCAGAAUGGCAAUCUUACUGUGCAUCAAAGAACUCAUACAGGGGAGAAACCUUAUAAAUGCUUGGAGUGUGGAAAGAGCUUCAAUCACAGUAGCUCCCUUACUAAACAUCAAAGAACUCAUACAAGAGAGAAACCUUAUAAGUGCUUGGAGUGUGGAAAGAGCUUCAGUCGAAGCAGCGCCCUUACUGUGCAUCAAAUAACUCAUACAGGGGAGAAACCUUAAAAAUGCUUGGACUGUUGGAAGUGCUUCAAUCACAGUAGCUGCCACAGUAGGUAGCUUCAUAUUUAGCUGUACCAUACAAAAGUUUCAAGUGGUUUGGACUGAUGAAAGAGGGUGAAUGAAAGUAGAGGUGCAUAAUAAAGUUAUUACCAGCUUUGUAUGCUGUAAGUAUUGUUGUAAUAGCUGAGUUGCACAUUGUUAUUCUGAGAAGUGUUAAGUUGACAUAUCCAUAUUCUGUUUUGUUUGUCGAGUAAUACUUAUUUGCAUAUUGUGAUUCUUGUUUCUCCCUUCCCCAAGUUUCAUUAAUGUCUCAUGCUCCUAUCUUUCAUAACCUGAAAUGCAUUUACUGGUAUUCUGCUGAUGUGUUUAAAGUAAACCUUUCCAAAGGAAGAAUUGUUAGCAUUUUUAGAACUCAGGAACUUUGGAAUUAAGGAGUUUUUGCUUCAGCAAAGGUAUAUAUGUCUAAUUGAAUGUAACACUUGUUAAUCAUGAUCUAUGGUUACAUUUAGGUGUUUAGUUAUAUAGUUACUCAUAAUCAUAUCUAGUUAAGGAUAAGUAAGAAUAGUAAAUAGCAUAAGCUAAGGGCAAUUUUACCUAAAUUGACCUCUGUCCUUUUAGUGUUCUAAAUGUUUUCAGUCAGAUGUUUUCAGGUGAAUGUCUGUGACCGGAGGAAACGAGGGUACAGGACAUACCAUCCAUCUACAGCACAUUGAAGAAUACAAAGCUUCAAAGUAUUGUGGCUGAAAACAAGUGUAGAAGGCCUCUUGCAUCAGCUCCUGGCUGGGUCAGAGGGCAUAAAAGCCCAGCUGCCCUUGGGUAGCCCCUUAGGGAGUUCUGAGGGGAAGGGCUCCACCUCCUUCUAUUUUUUUUUUUACAUCAAUCUAGGGGAGAUUGGUAGUUGGGAGGGCGUAUGGUGCACAUGUAGUUGCUGCCCAGGGUGAGAGCCUGUGCAGUGAACGGAGUGAUAGGGUCUCACGCUUCUGUCUUUGUUUCUCAGUCCUGUUGGUCAGUGUCCUUGAGCUUUGGAGCAGCAUGAUGCAUUGCGCCUGCCUUGAAGGCCAGGUUCCCAGCCCUUAGCAGUGUGUGACAGCAUCUUCACUACUGUAUUGGCAUCCACUGUCUAUAUUGGCCAAUUAAAACCCUCUCCUUACCUCAUCUGUGUUACAUAAACAAAGCUUCCCAGGCUUCUGUACUGUUGUAUACCACAUAGGCAGGGAGUGAAAGCACGCAAGAGGCCCACCUGGCUGGAGUGCAGGGGCGUGAGAUGGGACAGGGGAAUUGAGCACAUCAUCCCAAACCUCCUCAUUCCAUUGAGAUGUCUUCCCACACAGGAGCCCAGAACGAUAGUCCGGGGUGAUUUCAAUGUCCACGCUGAGGCUGCCUCUAGUGUUCCGGCUCAGGACUUCAUGUCCUCCACGAUGACCGUGGGGCUCCAAUCCUCCCUUGCAGGGUUGGUGGACAGAUUAAGAUGGUCUGCCCUCGGAGACUAAUGGAAUCCACUGGAUUCUUGAAUGCCCUGGGGAAGCUCCCAGUAGAUAGAGCAGGUAACCCUGUUGAAGCCCUUCUCACGCUGUGGAACAGCGAGGCACAUCAGGCCCUUGACAUGAUUGCCCCUGAGCGGCCUCUCCAGCAUUGUGGAACCCAGUUUACACCUUGGUACACCAGUGUGCUAACCUUGGUGGCUCUGCCCAGGUGUAACAAGUGACUGCUAGAACAUUUUGUGGUCAAACAAUAUGCGCCAGCCCCUAUGGUGGGUAAAGACACAAGAAAAAAGGAAGUCAUGAUGACUCUGGGGACAGAGUUAUCAUUUAACCAGUUAGCCAUUUGGUUUACUUUUUGGAACAGAGAUAGAUUAAUAGGGUAUGACCCUUUUUAGGAUGUGAAAUGUUAUUUAGCCAAUUUGAUUAAUAGAUAUGAGCUAGGAGCUGAUAAGCUAUAAGGAAAUCAUAAGAUGGAAUGAGAAGGGUAUAACAGCAAAGUCUGGGUUGUGUUAAACUCCCCUACUAAUGGGGAAUUGUAUAUAUGUAAACAAUAAAUAUAUUCUUUUGUAAAGCUAUAAAGGUUUAUAAUAUUUUAAUAGUUUAGUAGCCAGUCAGAAUCCUUUUCUUUUUAGAGCUGGCUUCCCUAUGCUGGUAUGUAUGGUACAGCUUGAACUCUAUAAGGUAACACUAAACAAACACUGAACAUCCCUGUACUCUCCAAGAUGUAGAAAGGAUUGUGUUAACUAAAAUGCUUAGCUCAUAGUGAAAAUGUACUGGUCUGUGAAGUGCUGAACAUUGCCAAAUUGACCAGAACAUAAUGUAGACACUGUAAUGCUCAUGCAAUGCCUAUGUAAUGCUGAUGUGUAGCCCCCUGAUUGGGGAAAUGCUAAAGUCCUUGACCUGGAAUGUAUAAAAACUGCAGGCAAACAGUGCCAUGUUGCAGCUCUCCAUCCACUCAAGAGAGACUGACCGUGCGCACGUAACCAAUAAAGGCCUAACUUUGCUGCAAGCUUGUGUCUUCAAUUUCCUCAAGGACCCCUGGUCCAGCUAACCUCAAAAUUCCCCGUCACUACUUCAGAGCAGAUUCAGCUGUGAUCUGAGGAGAGUGGUCCACCAGUGAAAAUCUUUCCUUGUAUACUCUUGCUUCUGAGUGCAUAAGAAGAGUGCCUAAUGCUUGCUGUGUGAAAG